AAGUUUGAACUGGGUACAUAUUUGGGUACGUCAAGCAACUUCCCCGGAUAUAUAAUAAACGUGGUCGUAGGAAGCAGCACACGGCUACGGGUCACACAAACGAAGGAACGAUAGAGGCACACGAUAUGACCCUGUGCGCGGGUUAGUUAUUAAUCGCUGAGUUUUGUUGUCACAUGCAACACCUCUCUCCGUCUCGUGAUUGGUGAGGAAGGAGAAAAGAGGCGAUUCGGAGUAUUGGGAGAUCGGGGGGUGGGUCGUGGUGGGGGAGAGAUUUAUUUGAUUCUCCCGCUUCACAAAAUGCAGCGAUCGUCGUACGCCUCCUCCAGCGUCGGCGACAUCGUCGCCGCCGCGGGCUCCGUCUCUGGCGGCGGAGGAGGAGGGGCGAGGACGGUGCGGGUGAUACCGCUCCAGCACCCGUCGUCCUCGGCGCCGGCGACGCCGUCGCCGCCGCUACACGCCCGGUGGGCGGCGAAGCUCCGCCGCAUGGGCGCCGGCGAGUGGCUCGAGCUCCUCCUCCCCUGCUCCCGGUGGCUCCGCACCUACCGGUGGCGCGAGUGGCUCCAGGCCGACGUCAUGGCCGGCGUCACCGUCGGCGUCAUGCUCGUCCCCCAGGCUAUGUCCUACGCGAAGUUAGCUGGGCUUCAUCCUAUAUAUGGGCUUUAUUCAGGAUUUGUACCAGUAUUUGUUUAUGCGAUUUUUGGAUCCUCGCGUCAGCUAGCGAUCGGUCCUGUUGCUUUAGUGUCUCUUUUGGUGUCGAAUGUCCUUGGUAGCAUUGUUGAUUCCUCUAAUGAGCUUUACACGGAACUCGCAAUACUGUUGGCUCUCAUGGUUGGGGUAUUGGAAUGUCUCAUGGGUUUGUUAAGGCUUGGGUGGCUUAUCCGUUUCGUAAGCCAUUCUGUAAUAUCCGGCUUCACGACUGCAUCAGCCAUCGUCAUUGCCUUGUCUCAAGUGAAAUACUUCCUGGGAUAUGAUGUAGUAAGAAGCAGCAAAAUUAUCCCACUAGUCAGGAGUAUCAUUGCUGGAAUUGGUGAUUUUUCCUGGCCCCCGUUUGUACUGGGAUGUUCUUUUCUUGCAAUUCUUCUUCUCAUGAAGCACAUGGGGAAAUCAAGUAAAAGAUUGCGGUACUUCAGAGCUGCUGGACCCCUUACAGCAGUUGUACUGGGAACACUCAUUGUCAAGAUAUUUCAUCCGUCUUCAAUCUCAGUAGUAGGUGAAAUUCCCCAAGGCCUUCCAAAGUUUUCUAUUCCUAAAGGAUUUCAACAUGCGAAGUCUCUCAUUUCAACAGCACUUCUUAUUACUGGUGUUGCUAUAUUGGAGUCUGUGGGGAUAGCUAAAGCCUUAGCUGCUAAGAAUGGAUAUGAAUUGGACUCGAACCAAGAGUUAUUUGGUCUCGGUGUUGCAAACAUAUGUGGCUCAUUCUUUGGUUCGUACCCUGCCACUGGUUCAUUUUCCAGGUCAGCUGUAAAUCAUGAGAGUGGCGCACAGACUGGAUUAUCUGGAAUUACUAUGGGCAUUAUAAUGGGUUGUGCCCUUAUGUUUAUGACACCAUUAUUCAGUGACAUACCUCAGUGUGCCUUGGCUGCGAUUGUGGUUUCUGCUGUCAUGGGCCUUGUUGAUUACGAGGAAGCCAUGUUUCUGUGGGGUAUAGAUAAGAAAGAUUUUCUCCUCUGGACAAUCACUUGCGUCACAACUUUAAUAUUUGGUAUUGAGAUAGGCGUUCUUGUGGGGGUUGGGUUCUCACUAGCAUUCGUCAUACAUGAAUCAGCAAAUCCCCAUAUAGCUGUUUUGGGGCGUCUUCCUGGGACUACCAUCUAUAGAAACACUCUGCAGUAUCCUGAAGCAUAUACGUAUGGCGGGAUAGUUGUGGUUCGAGUUGAUGCACCAAUUUACUUUGCAAACAUAAGUUAUAUAAAGGACAGGCUACGUGAAUAUGAACUCAACAUUUCAACCACAAGUCGAGGACCAAAUGUUGGAAGGAUUUACUUUGUUGUCCUUGAAAUGUCACCUGUUACAUACAUAGACUCUAGUGCCGUUCAAGCUCUGAAGGACUUGCAUCAGGAAUACAAAGCACGCGACAUCCAGAUUGCAAUAGCUAACCCGAAUCGGCAAGUUCAUUUCUUACUAUCAAGAUCAGGCCUGAUAGACCUGAUUGGUAAGGAGUGGUGCUUCGUGAGGGUGCACGAUGCCGUGCAAGUUUGCCUUCAACAUGUCGAGAACUUGAGAGGUAAAGCGCCAAGUGCAGGAGAUCAAACCCCGAGGCGGCAGCUGAGCCUUUUCCAAACUAUGUGGAAGCAAGAUGGGAAAGAUGCUUUGGUUCCCGAAGCUGAGCCCCUCUUGCGCGCAAAUGUCGUAUAAGUGCUUGCAGCGUGCAUGUAUAUUGUUUAAAGAUGCGAAUGUUUUGUUUAUGGGCUUCUUAUAGACAUUGCUAAGCGUUGAUCAUGAUUCUUUUCCAUCCGUACGUACCAUGUCAUCUUACACGUGAUUGUAACAUAUCAUGAUUGUAUUGAACAAUAAUAUGUAAAUAUGAUUUGACUUGAUUCGGGAUUGUACGAUU